AAAAAUCCCAAUACGUGUAAAUUGGUUUAUAUGAAAGUUAUAGCGUCUACAAAUGGCGGUAUAUAUACUGGAAAUUUUUUUUAUGCUAGUAAUGGCGGCGAUCAGCAACUUAUAGCGGGACUUAUGCAGUCGGCGGGCAUUCUGACACUAACUGCCACUGACAUCCCCAGUGACACUAAUAUAGUGAUCAUUGCUAAUAAAAAGCACUGACACUGUACUAAUGACACUGGGCAGAAAGGAGUUAACAUCUGGGGC